AUGGUGUGGAAGGCCAUCGUGCUACGGAGUGUAGUAGAGAUUCUGGGAAGUGUUUCAAUUGUGGCAGGAUGGGUCACAGAGCAAACCAGUGUAGGGUUGGUUCAAACAGACGAGCAUGUGUUUCUUCGAGUUACGCCAAUAACGGGUGUUGGUAGAGCUUUGAAGUCGCGUAAGUUGACGCCGCGUUUCAUUGGUCCUUAUCAGAUUUCCGAGAGGAUAGGUGAAGUGGCAUAUCGGAUUGCUUUACCACCAUCACUUUCUAAUCUUCAUGAUGUAUUCCAUAUGUCUCAAUUGAGGAAGUACAUUGCGGAUCCAUCGCAUGUUGUUCCGUUAGAUGAUGUGCAAGUACGGGAUAAUUUGACGGUUGAUACAUCACCUGUGCGGAUUGAAGAUCGAGAAGUGAAGAAGCUUCGUGGUAAGGAGAUUGCUUUGGUAAAAGUGAUAUGGGGCGGAGUCGCCAAUGGAAAUAUUACGUGGGAACUCGAGGAUAAGAUGAGGGAAUCAUAUCCGGAGUUGUUCGUUUGAGGUAAAUUUUCGAGGACGAAAAU